CCAAACGGGCUACCCACGCCCUUCUCACCUCGAGACGCCAUGGUUUCCUUUGCAAAUGGGCGACGAGAGAAGCGUUUGCCUUAUUCGCGCGGCCUGCCGGCAGCGAUGACGUGUCUCGCGCUAUCCAGCUCUCGCUCCUGCGAAGGCUUCGUUGCACCAGCUGGCGCCAGCUUGACCCGCUCUGCCUUGACAAAGGUGCAAGUGAGCCAGACCUUCCCCACCGAGCCCCUCUUUGCCCCAGACUGCGCACCGGAGCGUCACGAUCAAGCCUUCCCAGGGCUGUUUCCUCCUGUACACCGGCCUCUGAGAUGGCGGGAUGAGGACUCGGAGCCGAUGAGAGGGCUGUGGCUCUUCGAACAGCCUCUGCAAACCGUCCCUACCGUGGAGAUGUACAGCCGGAUGGCCGUGUAUGCGUUGAGUGACGGGUCUAUAUGUGUGUACAACCCCAUCGCUCCUACCGAAGAAACCUUGCAAGAGAUCAGCGACGCCUUUGGCGGACCAGAUCACAUUAUCGUGCCGACGACAGCAUGGAACAACCUCUUGUUCGUAGCCGGAUGGGCGGAGCGAUUCCCGAGAGCAACGUUCUGGGGGCUAGAGGGGGUUAAGUUGCCAGGGGCGAAGUUCACCAAGGAUUUAACAAUGGAGUCUUUCCCGGAGUCGUGGAAGGCGGAACUGGAUGUAUCCAUCUUGGAAGGGAACGGAAUUUUCCGAGAGUGUUUCUUGCUGCACCGCACAACGAGGAGUGUCUUCGCGAUGGACAGCUUCGUGGAGAUGGGGGAAGGCAACAUCCCGAACCCGGUGCUCCGGGCAGCCUCCAAAAUGUCUGGGAAUUUCGGUCGGCCGGUGUGCCCGACCAAGUCGUUGUUGUGGAACCGCGAGAAGUGCAAGUCGGCCAUGUCGAGGGUGUUGGACUGGGACUUCGACAAGGUGUACGCCAACCACGGAGAGUGCCCGAUACAGGACGCUAAGGAAGCCAUUCGUGGCGAGUUUCAGUUCUUGUGGGACUGA